AUGCAGUACCUCCAUAUACAAGGUGGCCAGCCAACUUCUCUAGCUUUGGGUGAUUGGAAAACAUCUUAUUUACUAGGCCAGUGUGUGCGUGAGUGCUGUGCUUGCUGUACAGAUUACAAUGAAGGGGCCCCACCCACCAAGAAGACUUGGUUUGGCUUGGACACCGGUCAGCAUGUUGACAACUUCCGCAUUAUGUUGCAGAGGCUUUUCUCUCUAUACUCAGACCCUGAGCUCAGUGAUGUGCAGCUUGUUGUUGGCCGGAAAGUCUUCCUUGUACACAAGCUGAUCUUGAGUAUGUGUAGUGAUGUCUUCAAAACAAUGUUGACCAACCCUCAAUGGCCAGAGUCUUACAAAGAGCGCAUUGUCCUAAAAGAAGAACCCGAAUGCAUCCAAGUAUUCCAAGAUUUCAUGAAAUACAUCUACACUGGUUCCAUUCACCUGACUCAUGAGUCUGUACUGCCUCUUUUAACUCUAGCAGACAAAUAUGGUAUUGAUGACCUAAGUGAUAUCUGUGCUGAUUUUAUGUGCAAUCAUUGCAUGUUAACAGAAACACCAACUACAGCAGUGUCAUGGCUUCAAUACUCAGAAAACUGUUGGCAUUAA